AUGGGAGCUCUGAAACUUCCUCCCAAAGGGUGGUUGGCUAUAAGGGUCGGCGAAGAAGGAAGAGAGCAGCGGCGAUUCUUAGUUCCCGUAAGGUAUUUAAGCCAUCCUCUCUUCAUCGAGCUUCUUAAAGAAUCGGAAGAGGAAUAUGGAUUUCAGCAGAAGGGGGCGAUAAGAAUCCCCCGCGAAAUCGAAUAUUUCCUCCAUGUGAAGGAAGUUAUCGAUCGGGAUAACAGUUGCAGAGCUUCCGAGACGGCUUCCGCCGCUCACUAUCUUCAUCGCCCGAUCGAUCUGAUCUGUUUUCGAGCGAUCAGUUGA